UCUCAAGCGGAGCGGGGAGGACUGUCUGAGCAAAGAAAACAAACCCAGCCCCACGCUGUCUGAGGACCCGGAUGAUCCGCCCUCGGCGCAGGGCCGGAAGCGGGCGGGACGAACCGGAAGGAGGUGAAAUGCUUUUCGUGGGUACUCCAAAGCUGUGAAGAUGGCGGUGGUUGCGUGGCUUCAGCUGUUUCCUGUCAUUCUUCUGGGGACUCAGUCGUUCCCAUUGUCGCUUUUUGCUGCAGGACCCGCAUCCGUGUCUGCUGCCGACCGAUCCAAAUGGCACAUCCCUAUACCGUCGGGAAAAAAUUAUUUUAGUUUUGGAAAGAUCCUCUUCAGAAAUACCACUAUCUUCUUGAAAUUUGAUGGAGAACCUUGUGAUCAGUCUUUGAAUAUAACCUGGUUUCUGAAAAGUGCUGACUGUUACAAUGAAAUCUACAACUUCAAGGCAGAAGAAGUAGAGACAUAUUUGGAAAAACUUAAGGAAAAAAGAGACUUGUCUGGAAAAUACCAAACAUCAUCAAAAUUGUUCCAAAACUGCAGUGAACUCUUUAAAACACAGAGCUUUUCUGGGGAGUCUGUGCACCGGCUGCCUCUUUUAGGAGAAAAACAGGAGGUUAAGGAGAAUGGAACAAAUCUUACCUUUACUGGAGAGAGAACUGCACUGCAUGAACCACUGCAAACUUGGCAGGAUGCGCCAUACAUUUUUAUUGUGCACGUUGGCAUUUCUUCCUCAAAGGAAUCAUCAAAAGAAAAUUCACUACGUAAUCUUUUCACCAUUCUUCAUGGUGAUGUGUAUCGUGUAUGUCCUGUUCGGUGUUCUGUGGCUGGCAUGGUCUGCCUGCUAUUGGAGAGAUCUCCUGAGAAUUCAGUUUUGGAUUGGUGUUGUCAUCUUCUUGGGAAUGUUUGAGAAAGCUGUCUUCUAUGCAGAAUUUCAGAAUAUUCGCUAUGAAGGAGAAUGUGUUCAAGGGGCCUUGAUCCUUGCAGAGCUGCUUUCUGCAGUCAAACGCUCUCUGGCUCGAACCCUGGUCAUCAUAGUCAGUCUCGGAUAUGGCAUAGUCAAGCCUCGCCUUGGCGUCACUCUUCACAAGGUGGUGGUGGCAGGAGCUCUCUAUCUUUUGUUUUCUGGCAUGGAAGGAGUCCUCAGAGUUACUGGGGCCCAGACUGAUCUUGCUUCCUUGGCCUUUAUCCCCUUGGCUUUUCUAGACACCGCCCUGUGCUGGUGGAUAUUUAUUAGCCUAACUCAAACAAUGAAGCUGUUAAAACUUCGAAGGAACGUUGUAAAGCUUUCGUUGUACCGGCAUUUUACCAAUACACUCAUCUUGGCAGUGGCAGCAUCUAUUGUGUUUAUCAUCUGGACCACCAUGAAGUUCAGGAUAGUGACUUGUCAGUCGGACUGGCGGGAGCUGUGGGUGGAUGAUGCCAUCUGGCGGUUGCUGUUCUCCAUGAUCCUCUUUGUCAUCAUGAUUCUCUGGCGUCCAUCAGCAAAUAACCAAAGGUUUGCCUUUUCACCAUUGUCUGAGGAAGAGGAAGAUGAUGAACAAAAGGAACCUAUGCUGAAAGAAAGCUUUGAAGGAAUGAAAAUGAGAAGUACGAAACAAGAACCAAACGGAAAUAGUAAAGUAAAUAAAGCACAGGAAGAUGAUUUGAAGUGGGUAGAAGAGAAUGUUCCUUCUUCUGUAACAGAUGUAGCACUUCCUGCCCUUCUGGAUUCAGAUGAGGAACGAAUGAUCACACACUUUGAACGGUCCAAAAUGGAGUAAAGAAUGGGAAGAUUUGCAGUCGAAGAUGGCUGUUAUCAAGGAAGAGAUCAGCUUCUAUCAGCAUCUUCUACAGUGGUCUGUGGGAUUAAUGGAGACAAUGACAUCCUAAUCUGUUUCUUGAUCUUUGUGCAUUGGAGCUGGCGAGAGGUGUCAGAACAAGUUGAAUAUCUUACUGAAAACAUGUUCUAGGUUAAGAAAAACCUACAAGCUUCUUAUUUACAACAUUGAUGCCCUUUCCCUCCCUAACUCUGACACGGAUGCUUAUGCAACUUAUGUGUUGUUCCUCAACUUCCUGUGUUUCAGUUGUUUAAUCUGUCAAACUAAAGUUUAACAUCUUCUAAAGGACUGUGACAUCAACACCAUAGUAUGUAAUCUCCAGGAGCAACUGCCUGUAAUUUUUAUUUAUUUAGGGAGUUUCAUGGGUGAUGGGGGAAAUUGUUACUUGUCUUUCAGUUUUCUGGGAACUCCAGGUUCCAUCUUGUAGAGGGCCCUUCUGAGUUAAGGAGCCAUGGUUCUAUCAGUGAUCAAAAGAAAACAGUUACAGCGAAUCAUUUUAAAAAAGCAAACUCAAGUGCACUUUUGUUUACAAAUGGUGUAUAUUAAAGAUUUUUGUAUUUCAGAUGUACUUUAAAGAGAAAUAUUAGCUUGACUCUUGACAUCUGCUAUUGUGUGACACAUCCCAUUGCCGACAAUGUGGUGCCUACUCUUGGAACUUAUACCUGCUGUUCUGUAAGCCUCCAGAGGUGGCGUGUGGGGUCCUGCAGUGCUGCCUGCCCGAGUGCUAUUCCUGGGAAGCACCCCUCUAAAUGCUGUGAUCGAGCACCCUGCUGGAGGGAUUGUCAUGCUGCAAGAGUGGGAGCUUAUGAACCCAAACAGGUCCUGCUGGCAGAGUCUGCAGUUAUUGCAUGAAAUAGUGUGGAGGCCCUGACUGCUGCUCUUUCUUUAGGUUUGACUUUAGUAUCUGGUGUUGGUUUGGAGACUUCAUAAGGGACAUCACAAGGUGAUGGGAUUCACUUGAAGCACUGUAUUUCUGUUUUAAUGGGUUUAUCCUAUUUUGUCCUACAUAAAAAGUUCAUGUCACUUUUUAAUAUAAAACAUUUUAACAAAA